UGCACUGGAGCACGGAGUGAACACCGAGUAUUUUCCAUGCUCGUCUCCUCUAAGCUUUUUGUGUUUGGGAGGUUUGAACAGAAAUGUCAGCUCUGGUGUGGGCAUAGAGGGAAAUGAAAGAACGCUUUGAGGCGAUCUUGAAGAGAGGAAAGCGCUCAGAAAAUGUUGUAAGUAAAGUGGAAUUUAUGGACGAUACAGCACUCCACACACAUGUGGCCAUGGGAAAGCUGUAAAACAGGGCUCAACAUAAAGGGGCUGACACUGAGGACGUGACCCUGCCCACCCUGCCCGUGGAUUGGCCAGUGCCCGGACGCUGUGUCCAGAGCAGGCAGCAGCCUGUCUAGUCGUCCUCAGUGGGCUGACCACUCUGCACUGUUCACUGGUGAGGAGGAUGCAGACCUGAUGGACCUCUGUGACCGGACGCGGUAACACAACAAACAUAUCAUCACAACAACAACAAAAGACUUGGACUUUUGGACUCUGCAUGGGAAGAGUGGAGGACCCUGUGUAAUGACGUGGCUCAGGUCCGACCCCGGAGAUGCCGAAGAGACGGGACAUAUUGGCCAUCGUGUUGAUUGUGUUGCCUUGGACUCUACUGAUCACCGUCUGGCACCAGAGUACCAUCGCCCCCCUUCUGGCUGCUCGAAAGGACGACAGACAUGAGAGUCGGCGAGACUCCAGGAACACCUUCGGCCUUAAGGAGCCCUGCUCCAUGGAGAACCGAGACAUCGUGGAAGUUGUACGCACAGAGUACGUCUACAGCCGGCCUCCGCCCUGGUCCGACGUGCUGCCCACCAUCCACAUCAUCACCCCCACCUACAGCCGACCCGUCCAGAAAGCGGAGCUCACCCGGCUGGCCAACACCUUCCUCCACGUCCCCAACCUGCACUGGAUCCUGGUGGAGGACUCCCAGAGGAGGACGCCCCUGGUCACCCGGCUGCUCCGGGACACGGGGCUCAACUACACCCACCUCAACGUGGAGACCCCCAGGAACUAUAAGUUGCGCGGGGACAUGAGGGACCCGCGGAUCCCCCGGGGAACCAUGCAGAGGAACCUGGCGCUGCGGUGGCUCCGGGAGACGUUCAGCGUAAAUAGCAGUCAACCUGGCAUUGUUUACUUUGCGGACGACGACAACACCUACAGCCUGGAGCUGUUUGAGGAGAUGCGUUCGACCAAAAAGGUGUCGGUGUGGCCUGUGGCCUUCGUGGGAGGCCUGCGCUACGAGUCCCCUAAAGUCAACACCCUGGGGAAAGUGUAUGGUUGGAAAACUGUAUUUGAUCCACACCGGCCCUUUGCCAUCGACAUGGCUGGCUUUGCGGUCAACCUGCAGCUUAUUCUGUAUAAGCCUCAGGCCUACUUCAAGUUGCGAGGAGUUAAGGGAGGCUACCAGGAGAGCAGCUUACUGAAGGAACUGGUCACACUCAAUGACCUGGAGCCCAAGGCUGCUAAUUGCACUAAGGUACUUGUAUGGCACACGAGGACAGAGAAGCCUGUUCUGGUGAAUGAAGGCAAGAAAGGAUUCACUGACUCUAACGUAGAGAUAUGAUACUUGGUCUGAUACCAGCUGAUGAAAGAGAUAUGUAAAUGACUGACCCCUGGAGGGCUGGCAGGGGGGCCGACACGCUCUCCUAGGCCCCCCAGGGACUUGACAUGAACCUGGAAACCUACUGUAGAAUCCAAGCUUGUCCUGCUGAAUAUGUAUUGCACAUUUGUUAUUCAAAAUGUAAGAAUACUGGAUAGAAAAUGUGUUCGCUACCCACUUAGCACAUUGGCUUUUCAGGUACCUCAUCUGGCUGGGACAGUGGACUAUUCUGGCUGAGUGAGGGAGUCAGUGGUAUUGUACAGUUCUUUAGGUCCACCCCUGGCUGCUAUGCUAACAGUUCAAAGAGGGGAGCCAACCUGUCCACAAAUACAGUACUGUAGCACACAGCCUCAAACACGGGCAUCACAUAUCAAAGCACAAACUCACAGAGGAGAGCAAUAUUCAGCUGAGCGCUUUGGCACCCUGAUGAUAGGAAGGCUGCCAAGAUGAGCUGGCCAGAGAGCAAGGAAUGCAGUCAGGCAAUGCAGAGCGCAGGACUCAUAGAUGCUGGAUCCAAUUGGAAGCAUCCUCCAACCAGCCAAAACAAGCCAACCAUCCCAUCAGUGUUCUCGAACCACACAUUGGACCAAUCAGUGGCCUGGUGGUCUCUCCUCUCUGUUGGGGGAGCUGGCCCCGGUUGUCUAGGCCUGGCCUGUUGUGGGGUGUGAAGCAGGAAAGAAGAAUGGGGGACUUGUCUGGUGGGAAUCAGCAGUGACUGACAGACUGGUCAAAGAGGACAUGAACCCAUCCCGUGUUCACUGUAAAACACUAAGCUAUUCAGACAGUGCCCUCAACUUCGUUGCUAAUUAGACACACGCAUGCAGACACUCAAAUGCAGACACACACACACAUACACACACACAUACAUCCAAACACAAAGCAGGGAGAAAAAUAGCUAGUCUAACACUACGCUACUGUAAUCCCAGCUUCAUUUUUUCCCUUCCAUUCAUAUGCACACAUUUCCUGAUCAUGCAACACUACUGAUUUUGUUUCAGCACUCUCAUGUUCAGAUCAGGGUCUUCUGUACAGAUUACAUUAUAUAUCACAGAGUUCUCCGACAGAAAUGAUUGAUCUCUAAAGGUAUGUGACACUGCUGAAUUUAAUUGUAGUGUUAGUUACUAAAGUAUUAUAUCACAAUGGACAAAGCAUUGUGUAGUCACUGGACAUCGGCCAACUGAGAUUCUUCUUUGAUUUCCAUGUUUCUAUUUUCUUUCAAAUGUGGUGCCAAGGGGCCAUUAUACCCUUUUUGAUUGGAUAUUCAAAGGUUACUGUAAGUUGUCAAAGAAUCUGCCUGCAAUAUAAAUGAGCCACUGUAAUUAUGU